AUGGCAGACUCCGGGGUCGCAGUUCCCGCUGACAAGAAGGCUCCCCCCAAGUUCAAGCAGAGGGCCAUGCGCACAUUCAAGAGCAAGGCCCCCAAACCAGGCCAGAAGGGAUUCGGAGACGACAUCCCCGGCAUGGAGGGCCUGGGCACUGACAUCACAGUGGUCUGCCCAUGGGAGGCUUUCGGAGACAUGGAGCUGAGUGACCUGGCCAAAUACGGAAUCGUCUAGAACCUUU